AUGGCCGACACUGACCCGAAAUCUUCAACAAACACCCCCACCCCAACGCCUAGUUCUCCAAAGAAAAAAAAGAAGAAAAAAAAUCGAAAAAAAAAAUCAACCCCCCCAAAAGAAACAACCACCGAUACACCAAAAAUCAAACAACCAACCGAUAUUGCAACCCCCCAACCGGCCGAUAAAAGCAUCAUCGACAUCGAUCCCACCCCCAAAGCCGCCAAUGAUCCUGCGCCCAAGAAGGGGAAUCCUCGCUGGUCCAUAGAGGAGGAUAAAAAGCUCUGCGUUGCCUGGUUGAACACGAGUCGUGAUGCCAUCGUCGGCACUGGACAGAAGGCAUCAACGUUUUGGGAGAGGAUCCAUGCAACGCUCUCCGACCUCAUCAGCGAGUACAACGACGAGAAAAAAUCAGCGAAGUACUUCAAACCACUUCCUCUACGACCGGUUGGUGCAGUCGAAUGCCGAUGGGCUCUCAUCCUCAAGAGUGUCAAUAAGUUCUCCGGGUGCUAUUCGAAUGCGGAACGUCGUUUGAAAAGUGGGAAGACUCGCGAUGAUAUUCUUACCGAGGCCAAGGAGCUAUAUAAGGCUUCCUUUGGGUCUGCUUUCAGCCUCGAUCACUGCUGGGGCAUCUUGAAGGACUCCCCAAAAUGGCAAGCAACACAGACCGAGAACGAAGCUCGAGGGAAGAAGGCCGACCAAUCUAGGACGACUUCCGUGGCCUCCGAUGGACCAGCCUCCACCCCUGCCGCUUCAAGCCCUGCGAUCAUCGAUGUGGACAAUGACAACUCUGAAAUCAGUCGAUCGGUCCUUGGGAACGUUCGCGUUGAGGGGCAGAAAGCUGCGAAGAGGAAACGAGCAGACAAGUGCUCUAUCAAGAAGAUAGUGGGAAUGCAAAAGGAACUCGUUCAGAUAUCGCGUGAUCGGUUAUCUUCGAUGAAAGCGGCGAUGCAAUCAACUUCGGACAACGCGAUCAUGUCGCAAGAUCUCAGCAUGAUGGAUGACGAAAGUCGAGCGUAUUACCUCAAGAAAAAAAGAGCAAUUAUUGCCCGGGAGGAACAGGAAGAGAAGGAGAAGGAGGAGAAAGAGAAGAAGGAAAAGGAGGAAAAUGAGAAAAAAGCGAGGCAAGAAAAAGAAGAAAAGGAAAGACAAGAGGAGGCAGAAAAAAAAAGAAAGCAGAAGGAAGCAGAAGAGCUGGAAUAUGAAUCCGACGAUGGUGAAGAUUCCGAAGGGGAUGAAGAAACUGAAGAAAAUGAAUGA